AUGGGUUUCGGAGAUUAUCCUAAAGAGUAUAACCCAGCAGUUCAUGGCCCUUACGAUCCGGCCCGAUACUAUGGCAAACCUGAUACCCCCUUUGGGCAACUCAAGCUGAACGAGAUUGGAGCAUGGUUCGGCCGCAGAAACAAGACUCCAUCGGCUUUAAUGGGCGCCUGUAGUAGAGCUUGGUGGAGGUGGCAACAUAAAUAUGUGCAGCCAAAAAGAUGUGGCAUGGCUCCCUUCUUUCAACUGCUUGUGGGCUCAAUGACUUUCUUCUAUGUGAUCAACUAUGGCAAAAUCAAGCACCACAGGAACUACAAAUACCAC